CGAGUACUUUUUCAAAUGGACGUAAGUAACAUUGAGAGCCUCUCUUUGUUUACUUUCUCUUUCGUUUAUUACGACGUCAUUACAACACUUUGUACUAAUUUUCCAGUACAUAUCGAAAGCCGACGGUUUUUACUACAAUAUUAUGCAAAGAGUAGAGUAGUAAAUGUUGAAAUGGCCGAGUAAUGAACAGAAGAGAAAGACCUCAAAGAGAAUCUCUCAUUGUUACUUACGUCCAUUUGAAAAAGUACUCGAGAAAUAUUGUUUUACAAUUAAAUAAAUAAAUGAAUUAGUGAUAAUUCUGAUUUUUACUGGUAGAGAAAAUAUUCGAUAUAUUUUGAAAGUUGUUAGGUCUGAAAUACAAGUUUAUUACAAAAUGGAAUUCCGUUUACAAACCGAUGCCACACUGCUGUGUCGCAUUUGUAUGGAAGACACUACGGACUUGGAGGUGGAAGACAUCUACACUUCACCGAGCGAAAAUCAGCCAAAUCUAUACAGCAUGCUAAGAACCGUCUGUACAUCAGUUUUCUCGAAUGGAGAUAACCAGGAAUUGAUAGCAAAAGAAUUGCUUGGAAUGCCCAAAAUCGUCUGUCUUACCUGUAAACAGAAAGUGGUGCUGGCGUACGAGCUACAUGAAACUUGUACCGAAACCGAUCGCAAACUAUGGGAAAUGAUUAUUGUUCAACAGGAGUUGCAAGACGAAGCAGUCAUUAUGGACAAGGAGGAAUUACAGAUUAGUUCAGAUGAAAGGAAAGAUUUUUCGGGACAUGAUAUAGAUAAGGACAAUAAAGAGUGUCAAACACAAAAAGCAAUGGAUAAAAAACUAGCCGAUAGCACCGGGAAGGCUUGCGAUUUGUGUCCGAGAGUGUUCAAGACAACAGCUCAGUUACGGGAUCAUAUGAAAACAAGACAUGCUAAUCAAGUAGUUGACUGUGAUGAAUGUGAAGAAGUCUUUUUUAGUCCACUGAAACUGGAAGAUCACAAGCUUUAUCACUCAACUGGCAAAAAAUACUCCUGUCAUGUAUGUAAGAAGAGAUUCAAAAGCAUCUGCGGAGCAAGAAACCAUACACGAGCCCAUGCAAGUGUUGCUCCAUUCAAGUGUGAACAUUGUGAUAAAGGCUUCCAUAACAAAACUGCGUUCGAUGUGCACUGUCGACGACACACGGCACUGAGGCUUUAUGGUUGUGAGCAGUGUCCUUCGCGAUUCUUCACAGUAAGUGCUGUAAAACAACAUAUGCUGACUCAUACCAAGGAAAGAAACUUUUCCUGUGAUAUUUGUGGCGCCCGGUUUACGAAAAAUUUCUCACUGAAAACGCACGUUAAAAAUCAUUCAGGAGAACGGCCCUAUGUUUGUGAUAUAUGCCCACAAAAAUUCACAACUUCCAAUACUUUGAAACGUCAUAAGCUUACGCACACCGGAGAAAAACCUUUCAAGUGUGCAUACUGUGACCGAGCAUUUUCGCAGAGCAACGAUCUGGCAAAGCAUAGCAGGAACCACGUCGGUGACAAACCGUAUAAAUGUGAUCGUUGUGAAGCGGCUUUUCGACUGUUGUCCGAUCUGCGAAACCACUACAAGGUUCACUUCCAAUCGGGGGAACAGGGUGAAAACGAUGCGAUGUGUGCUCUGAACAAGCUGUAUUUCGAUGGUUCAAACGGACAGCCAUUCACUAUUGUAUCGGUGCUGAAUCGGCGAUUCGAACAGGAAAAGCAACAGCGUGAACAAAAGCAACAGGAAGAGAUAGACGAGAAGCUGUAGCGUUGUAGGCAUGGAUUGCAAA